AGUUCACAAACAAAUUAUCUGAUAUUUACGAUUGCAAAAUAAUUACGAUAAAAAAAUACUAAAUAAAUUUAAAACAUAUUUACCGUUUUAAUGGAUUCAAGAAAUACCACGGUUUCGACUUAUUAAUUUAGUAUAAGAAUCUUAUAACAAACAUGGCAGCAAUUCUCGGGGGCGGCCUCGGCGGUCUCUCCACGGGUUAUUACCUUCUUAAAAACAAUUUACUCACUUCCAAUGCCCUGAAGCUGUACCUGCUAGAAGCCAGUAAUAGCUGCGGUGGCUGGAUCAAGUCGAUUAAGACAAAAGACUACGUGUUCGAGCAGGGACCGCGAACUAUUCGCCCGAAAGGUACAACCGGUUUGAACACUUUAAACAUGAUACAAGACCUAGGUCUGAGCGAGCACAUCUCUCCCAUCACCCCCGAACACCCCGCUGCUAAGAAUAGAAUGAUAUAUGUAAACCACAGCCUGCAUUUGCUCCCGUCAAGUCUAAAAGGUGUUUUCCAAACUAAGCAACCGUUCUCGAAACCUUUAAUUUACGCUGCGUUUACUGAUUUAAAACAAAAACCUAAGAAAGAAAUGAAAGACGACUCUAUUUACAAUUUUGUUGAAAGAAGAUUUGGUAAAGAGAUAGCAGACUAUGCUAUUUCUCCAAUGAUCUGUGGCAUAUGUGCCGGGGACGCGAAAGAGAUAUCUGUAAAAUUCUUAAUGAAAACGCUUUUUGAAUGGGAACAGAGUUAUGGCGGUGUGAUAAAAGGGUUCAUGAAAUCCAUGUUUAAACCUAGCAGUGAAGAUACUCUAGAAUUGAGUGAGCUAGCAAAGAGGGCUCUGGAAGAGAAAUGGAAUGUUUACACAAUAAAGGGUGGCCUGGAGACCUUUCCAUCAGCACUCCACGACCAUCUGAAGACAAACAAUGUGGAUAUCCAAAUGAAUAGCAAAAUUGAGGAACUAGAGUUUGUUGAUUCCAGUACUGUAGUACUUAGGAAUGCUUCUGGUGAUGAGCUCAGCGCUAAUCAUGUUUAUUCAUCAGUUCCUUCACACUCUUUAGCUAAGUUAGUUGGAAAACAACAUCCACAGCUAGCUGAAAGUCUAAAUGAGAUACCAUUUGUCACAGUUGGUAUAGUCAACUUGUUUUUUGCCACUCAGCAGCCUAUAACACCGGCAUUUGGGUUCCUUGUGCCUCCCAUUGAGAACUCUCCUAUACUAGGAGUAGUUUUUGAUUCAUGUUGCAUCCCAGACCAGAAUGGCACAGUCCUCACUGUGAUGCUGGGUGGCAGAUGGUUUAAAGAGAAAUUCGGAGACAAUGUGACAGAAGAGGAGCUUCUUCAAAUAGCCAUGAAAGAGAUACAAAGCAUUCUUAAUAUAACGGAAGAACCAACAGACUCACAUGUAAAUAUUCUAGAGAAAUGCAUUCCGCAGUAUGUGAUCGGGCACUAUGAGAUGGACGGUAUCCGGAAGUACAUAAAAGACUAUAACCUCCCUAUUUCUGUUGUCGGGAGCAGUUAUGACGGAGUGGGCAUUAAUGAUGUAAUCUUUUCCGCCAAGAAGCAGGUUGAAGGAUGUGUUUGAGAAUAUAAAUAAUUUAUUAUAUUGGGACUGGGGGUAAAUUAAUGUGUAGGUAAAUGGUGAAAAUGUCUUCCACAACAUGUCAAAUGUCUUUCCAUUCAGAUUAUUUGUGUUCUUAGUUUUUUUUUACUGCAAAAAGUUACAGGUGGCGAUGAAUGAGUGUACCCUUUUUAAAAUAAAGACUGUUUAUCUAUAAUGCCAGAUAUUUAUUUAUUUUAUCUGUACAAACAAAAUAUGUAAUCUGUUUUAUCCUGAAACUAUGAUUUGUUAUACCUAGAUAUAAAGAUAAUAGCAAUUAUUUUAGUAAGGGUAUAUUUGGUUAAUCUUAAAUGUACAAAGUACCUCUGAUGCAUUUAUAUUAUGUCAAUGUUUUAAUAAAGUUUCCAUAUUUUGGAAGAGAAAACUCGUUAUUUCAUUUGCAAAACAUUUUAUUUGGUUACAGUUAACUGGUACAAUGUUUGCUGUAUCACCUGGUGCAUAUAAAACUGUAUAAAGUUAUACAUAAUAUUAUCGUCACUACUUUGAAAAAAUCUCGUAUCUCAUGCUUCUCCUCAAAGUUAAAACGCAGUAAGUCUAUAUGCAUUCCAUACAUACUACAAUUUUCUUUUCAUUGACAGACGAAAAUAUGUUUUUUUUAAAGUAGUGACGAUAUAUAGCAUAUAUAAUAUAUAUGCUGACUUAUUAAAGAUAGAGUAUGCAUCAAAUAUACAGUGAUGUCAAAGUAGCCAAUAUCUCAGAAUACAAUGAUAAUGUGUUACGAUGCAUUUGGCUACUUCAGCAGUAAUUAUUUGAUGCUUACUGUACUUCUAUACAAGAUGACUAUAAGACUCUGCCAUGUAAUAAAAAUAAACUGCAUAUUGCACUUAAGUACUUCCUAAAACUAGCAUUUUAAAAAGAUGAGAACUGCCCUUUAAGCUAAAUGUAGGUGAAUGUGUUAUCACUAACUUUACAUUGAUGAUAAUAUAAUUAUUAUUUGCACAGAUAUAGGGAAGGAAGAAGAUCGGA